AUGUCUACCAAGAACCCCACCCACGGUCAAAAGGUCGAUCUCGGCCAGAACGCUCCCGUAAAGCAGGAGGGUGCUGGUACAGUCCCCAAUGAGUCUCUUGCUGCCGAGUCCUUGAAGGAGGGCGGCGAGUUCGCCUCCAACGAGGGCAUCCACGGCGAGAACCAGCCCACCUCCAGAUCCGAGAAUACCAGCGCUGGCCGCAACACCGAUACCUCUUCCACUCCCAGCUCCGGCUCUGACUCCAAGGCCAAGUCCUCUAGCUCUGCUUCCAAGUCUUCCGGAACUGCAUCAAAGUCCAGUGACUCUGCUCCCAAGUCUCUGGCCGGCACCGCUCCCAGCUAUGUCGACAACCAGUAUAUCAAGGAAUCUGGUCCUCAUGGCAAGAACUUGAAGGAGGGCAUUGACUAUUCUAACACUAAGGAUGGCCUUAAGAAGGCUUUAGAGUCCGAGCCUGGUAGCCAGGACGACCCUAGCCGACUGGCUGAGCAACAGUUCCAACAGAACCAAAAUGCCGUUGGUAGGGAUGCUGGUCCUAAGCAGAGUGAGCUUGAGGGCAAGACUCCUUUCGAUGCUCUUAACAACAAGGCCUCCUCUUAA